AUGGCACCAUUGGCGUACGAGUUCCGAGGGGAGGCAGACACUUAUCGACCGCAAGAUCGAAACAGCGACGGAGACAGGAACAGACGCAGAACUGGAGAUAGGGAUCGAGCGCCGCGUAACCAAUUCACCUUUCGAUUCCCCAAACCUACUGCUGACCGCCCUUUACUGUCGCGACAACGUGAAACUACACCGGAGCUGCUCGUCGGUCAGCAAGAAGGCCAAGACCAACCGCGAUUCAAAUUCGCUCAACUGGACGAGCUGACCGAUAGCGAUGAAGCGGAGAUGGAAGAGUCUUCUUCCGAAAACGAGGAUAGUGACUUGGAACGUCCUCGUAAAAGACGAGCAGUUGAGCCUGUGGUUACCCUUGCUGUUGAAAAACCUAAGUGGUCGAAUCCAGAUCCGUAUACAGCUUUGCCGCCACCAGACGAGACCCAAGCUAAACGGCCGGACUUUGUGAAACUCAUUCGAAAGGCCCGUAUCUCUGCGACUGCCGCAGAACCCCUUGUUGGCGGCGAUGCUGUUACAACAAAUGACGACUUCAUCUCUUUCGGAGCUGACGACGGUGAUUUCGAAGACGAGAAUGCGCCCCCAGAGAACGCUCCAACUGGUCCAAAAACACAUCAACAGCAAACUGAAGAUUUGAAUACUGGAAAGAAGCGCACACGGGACGAUCAGAUCAAAGUGUUCACUGGCAAGUCCGGCAAGACCAACUUCAAUUCAGAAGGGGAUAUUGUCAGUUUGUGGAAGGCUCAGCCAUCUGACAAUGGGAGCCCAUGGCUUGAACUGAUGGAGCCCACAAUGCAUAUCGGUACUAGACUACAUAACGAGAUACUCGCUUUCUAUGAUUGGGUCAAACCUCGGCCUUACGAAGAUAUGAUUCGAAGAGAUCUUAUAGACAGAAUACAAAACGUGUUUGACUCUCAGCCGAAGUUUCGCGAUAUGGAAAUUCGGUCAUUUGGAUCGUUUGCGUCAGGGCUCUAUCUUCCUGUGGCCGACAUGGAUCUAGUCAUCCUCUCACCCGGUUUCAGACGCUACGGGAGAGAAACUUUUGUUCCAUACAGAAGAACCUCAGGCGGUAGGAUUUCCAUUUACGAAGUCGCCAGAGUGAUUGAGAGGGCGAAUGUCGUGGCUUCUGGUUCAAUGGAAAUCAUAUCCGGUGCCAGAGUUCCCAUUCUCAAAUGGGUUGAUCGCUUGACUGGGCUGAAGGUGGAUAUGGCAUUUGAUAAUGACAGCGGUAUUCGUGCUAUUAAAACCUUUGAAAAGUGGAAAGAAGCUUACCCGGCGAUGCCCGCCAUUGUCGCCGUCGUCAAACAAUUCUUACUUUUGCGAAGUUUGAACGAGGUUCCUACAGGUGGAUUGGGAGGAUUUUCUAUUAUCUGUCUCGUUGUCAGCUUGUUACAGCAUAUGCCUCAUCAUCUGAACGGCCAUGGUCCGUCUCUUGGCAGUAUUCUCAUGGACUUCUUUGACUUCUAUGGAAACAAGUUCGAUUUCUCAUCGGUUGGUAUACGGCUGGAGCCACCGGGCUACUUUAACAAAGUUGUAUACAGCCACGAGAAAAAGGUCCGCUUAUCUAUUGAAGAUCCUAAUCGACCAGAAAAUGACAUUUCCGUCGGCACAAAAGAGAUUGGUCUGAUCUUUCGCUGCUUUUCCAGGGCUUACGACGCAUUGAAAUCUCGAAUGACGACGCUUGCCGUUUCACAGAAUCAGACGAACAUCUGUUUUCUCGACAGUAUCAUCUCAGCGUGUUACGAUGAAUACGCAGAUCAGCGCGCUCAUUUGCGUAAAAUCUUUGAAAAUGAGUCUAGGUUCAUCCCAUACCAUCGGAUGCUCACUCCACCGCCUCCACCGUCAGACAGCGCGUCAGAAUCGGAAUACGACCCGGAGCAUGCGUCUGUUCCACCACCUCCACCUUCUGCGCCUGCUCAAUCUGAGCUGAAGAUUAAGGGUUUGGGAGCAUCUAACGGCAAUGAAGACAAGGCGGCCAAAAAACAGAAGAAAGAUAAGAAGAAAAAGAAGAAAGCGGCAAAACAGCACGGAAUGCCGAAGAAGGAUUAA